GAAACUGCACCAAGAGGAAAGCAGUGCGCAAGCGCGCGCAGAAGCCCUGCCAAGGGGGAGAUAACACGAUCUGGUAUCAGAAUCCGGCGGAAAGCAACUUCUUUAGGUUUGAGGUUCCGGAUCACUGGGAGAAGACAGUCACUGGAGUGGGAAGAGUUGGGCUGAGUAGCGAACCUGACCAGAAAUCAUCCAACUCUGGGAAGUGAAAUUUCUUUUUCAUCCUCUGAGCUCAGCAUUCCGCUCUGGUGAAAUGUCCGUGGAGCGGGUCCUGGCUCAGCUGUGCGGCACCAGCACUGCGCGGCCACUCCCGCUGUGGGAGGGGAACACCACGGGCCACUGCUUCACCCAGCUGGUGCUCAGCGUCCUUCCCCACACGCUUCUCGCGGUGCUCAGUGCCUGUCAUCUGGGCACCCCGCGGAAUCCAAACUACAACUUACCCUGCAAUCCUGGAUGGUACCUCCGAAUUGCAACUUCUUUCCUACUCUCCAUCUUCCCACUGUUUGAUCUCCUUCCAGUUGCUUUGCCACCAGGAGCAGGCCCGGGGCCCAUAGGGCUGGAGGUUCUGGCAGGGUGUGUGGCAGCUAUGGCCUGGCUCAGCCACAGCCUGGCUCUGUGGACAUUAGCUCAUUCCCCUCAUGGCCUCACCCGGGGGCCCUUGACCUUAGCUCUGGCAGCCUUCCUGCCAGCUCCAGCCCUAGUGCUAACCUUGCUCUGGCAUUGCCAGAAGGGCACAUUGCUGCCCCCAUUUCUCCCAGGUCCCCUGGCCCGCCUCUGUCUUCUCAUUUUGCAGCUGGCAGCAAUCUUGGCCUAUGGACUGGGCUGGGCAGCCCCGAAGGGACCACAAGAACCCUGGACUCAAGAGCCCUUCCUAUCUUCUGAGGAUCAGGAACCCGAGGUGUCUGAAGAUGGGGAGAGUUGGCUGUCACGCUUUUCCUAUGCCUGGCUGGCACCCUUGCUGGCCCGUGGGGCCCAGGGAGAGCUCCGGCAGCCCCAAGACACUUGCCAUCUCCCUCGCAGGCUGCAUCCAGCCUACCUGGCCCGGGCCUUUCAGGCACACUGGCAAGAGGGUGCCCGGCUGUGGAGGGCCCUGUAUGGAGCCUUUGGGCGGCGUUACCUGGCACUUGGACUGCUCAAGCUGGUGGGAACCAUGGUGGGAUUCUCAGGGCCUCUGUUGCUCUCCCUGCUGGUGGGCUUCCUGGAGGAAGGGCAAGAGCCACUAAGCCAUGGCUUGCUCUAUGCCCUUGGGCUAGCUAGUGGGGCGGUACUGGGUGCUGUGCUACAGAAUCAAUAUGGGUAUGAGGUGCGCAAGGUGACACUGCAGGCACGGGGGGCUGUGCUGAACAUCCUAUACCGCAAGACUUUACAGCUGGGGCCCAGUCGUCCUCCUGCUGGGGAGGCCCUCAACCUACUAGGCACUGACUCUGAGCGGCUGCUAAACUUUGCCAGCAGCUUCCAUGAGGCCUGGGGCCUGCCCCUGCAGCUGGCCAUCACUCUCUAUCUGCUGUACAACCAGGUGGGCCUGGCCUUUGUGGGUGGUCUGGUCUUGGCCCUGCUGCUGGUACCUGUCAACAAAGUGAUUGCUACCUGCAUCAUGGCCAGCAACCAGGAGAUGCUACAGCAUAAGGAUGCACGGGUUAAGCUUGUGACAGAAUUGCUAAGUGGCAUUCGAGUCAUCAAGUUCUUUGGGUGGGAGAAGGCACUGGGGGCCCGAGUUGAGGCCUACCGGGCUCAAGAGUUGGGAAGACUCCGAGUCAUCAAAUACCUGGACGCAGCCUGUGUAUACCUGUGGGCCGCCUUGCCGGUUGUCAUCGCUAUCAUCAUCUUCAUUACCUAUGUCCUUAUGGGGCACCAGCUCACUGCUACCAAGGUGUUCACAGCCCUGGCAUUGGUGCGCAUGCUCAUUUUUCCCCUCAACAACUUCCCUUGGGUCAUCAAUGGCCUCCUGGAGGCCAAAGUGUCCUUGGUGCGGAUCCAGCGUUUCCUUGACCUUCCAAAUCACAAUCCCCAGGCAUACUACAGCUCAGAUCCCCCUACAGAGCCAUCUACAGUGUUAGAGUUGCAUGAAGCCUUGUUUUCCUGGGACCCAGCUGGAACUAGCCAGGAGACCUUCAUUAGUCACCUUGAAGUGAAAAAGGGUAUGCUGGUGGGCAUYGUGGGGAAGGUAGGCUGUGGAAAGACCUCGUUGCUGGCUGCCAUUGCUGGGGAAUUGCACAGGCUGCAUGGGCAGGUGGCAGUGUGGGGGCUAUCCAAGGGCUUUGGCCUGGCCACCCAGGAACCUUGGAUCCAGUUUGCCACCAUCAGAGACAACAUCCUCUUCGGGAAGACUCUUGACACCCAGCUGUACGGGGAGGUGCUAGAGGCCUGUGCCCUCAAAGAGGACCUCAGCAUCCUGCCUGCAGGAGACCUGACAGAAGUUGGGGAGAAGGGUGUGACUCUCAGUGGGGGACAGCGUGCCCGGAUUGCUCUUGCUCGUGCUGUAUACCAGGAGAAAGCACUCUAUCUUCUUGAUGACCCCCUGGCUGCUGUGGAUGCGGAUGUGGCCAACCACCUGCUGCACAAGUGCAUCCUGGGAGUGCUGAGUCACACUACACGGCUGCUGUGCACCCACCGCACUGAAUACCUGGAGAGGGCUGACCUGGUGCUGCUUAUGGAGGCUGGGCACCUUGUCCGGGCUGGGCCUCCCUCUGAGAUUCUCCCAUUGGUACAAGCUGUCCCCAAAGCCUUGGCUGAAAAUGGACAAGAGCCUGACUCAGCCAAGGCCCUGUCAGUACAGGACCCAGAGAAAACAAAGGAAGGCCUAAAGGUGGAGCAGAACGAAUCUGGCCGCCUCCUGCAGGAGGAAAGCAAGAAGGAGGGUGCCGUGGCCUUGCAUGUGUACUGCACAUACUGGAGGGCUGUGGGCCAGGGCCUGGCGCUUGCCAUCCUCUUCUCUCUUCUCCUAAUGCAAGCCACAAGCAAUGCUGCUGACUGGUGGCUGUCCCACUGGAUCUCUCAGCUGAGGGCAGCCAGGAAUAGCUCAGAGGAGAUGCUGGCCUCCACCAGCCCAGGGUCCCCCAGGCUUUUCUCAGCACAGCUACUCCUCUUCUCCCCCGGAAGCCUCUACACCCCAGUGUUCCCAUUGCCCAAAGCUGCCCCCAAUGGCUCCUCAGACGUCCGUUUCUACCUCACCGUAUAUGCGACUAUUGCUGGUGUCAACUCUCUAUGCACCCUUCUCCGGGCAGUGCUUUUCGCAGCAGGUACCCUCCGAGCAGCCGCCACCCUGCAUCACCGCCUGCUGCAUCGAGUCCUCAUGGCACCAGUGACUUUCUUUGACUCCACGCCCAAUGGCCGGAUCCUAAACCGAUUCUCCUCUGAUGUGGCCUGUGCAGAUGACAGCUUGCCCUUCAUUCUCAACAUCCUACUGGCCAAUGCAGCUGGCCUGCUGGGCCUCCUGGCCGUGCUGGGCUUUGGCCUGCCCUGGUUGCUGCUGCUGCUGCCACCUUUGGGCAUCAUGUACUACCGUGUGCAGUACUACUACAGGGCCUCGGCACGAGAGCUUCGGCGCCUGGGCAGCCUCACCCUGUCUCCACUGUAUACCCACCUGGCUGACACCUUAGCCGGCCUCCCCGUGCUCCGGGCAGCUGGGGCCACCUACAGGUUUGAGGAGAAAAACCAGCAACUCCUAGAGCUAAACCAGAGAUGCCAGUUUUCUUCUUGUGCCACAACACAGUGGCUGGACAUUCGGCUACAGCUCAUGGGGGCGGCAGUGGUCAGUGCCAUUGCAGGCAUCGCCCUGGUGCAGCACCAGCAAGGCCUUGCUAACCCAGGGCUGGUGGGCCUGUCGCUGUCUUAUGCCCUGUCCCUGACAGGCCUGCUCUCAGGCCUGGUGAGCAGCUUCACACAGACAGAAACCAUGCUAGUGAGCRUCGAGCGCUUGGAGGAGUACUCCUGUGAACUGCCUCAGGAGCCUCAGAGCCGGCCACUGCAGGGCAUCAGCUGGCUGACCCAGGGAAGUGUGGAGUUCCAGGAUGUGGUGUUGGUGUACCGGCCAGGGCUGCCAAAUGCCCUGGAUGGGGUGACCUUCCGUGUGCAACCUGGAGAGAAGUUGGGCAUUGUAGGCCGAACGGGCUCUGGCAAGUCUUCCCUGUUUUUGGUGCUGUUCCGGCUGCUGGAGCCCAGUAUGGGGAGAGUGCUGCUGGACGGCGUGGACACCAGCCAGCUAGAGCUGGCUGAGCUCAGGUCACAGCUAGCUAUCAUCCCCCAGGAGCCCUUUUUGUUCAGUGGGACUGUUCGGGAAAACCUGGAUCCCCAGGGCCUAUAUGAGGACAGGGCCUUGUGGCAGGCCCUAGAACAGUGCCAUCUGAGUGAGGUGAUCAUCUCCAUGGGUGGUCUGCUUGGCGAACUGGGCGAGGGGGGCCGGAGCUUGUCCCUGGGACAGAGGCAGCUGCUAUGUCUGGCCAGGGCUCUCCUCACAGAUGCCAAGGUUCUGUGCAUUGAUGAGGCCACAGCAAGCGUGGACCAGAAGACAGACCAGCUGCUCCAGCAGACCAUCUGCAAACGCUUUGCCAACAAAACAGUGCUGACCAUUGCUCACAGGCUCAACACAAUCCUGAACUCCGACCGGGUGCUGGUGCUACAAGCAGGGAGGGUCAUGGAGCUGGACUCCCCCUCUGCCCUGCGUAACCAGCCCCACUCACUGUUCCAACAGCUGCUGCAGAGUAGCCAGCAGGGAGGCCCCUCCUCUCUUGGAGGACCCUGAGCCCCACACUGCACCCUCCAGAGUUCUCUCCUCCAGGUGACCCUGAAGGGCUUGCUGCUUCUCCUCUGUGGCUCUACCUCCCUCACUUCCCCAGAGGAGAAAUGGCAACCUGGGUUCCUCGUUGGUCCCUCCCUGAGGGCAGAGUGCUGAGGAUUCCCCAGAAUCAGGCCUCUGCUCUGGCCCUCUUGCACCUGUGACUUGAGGUGGGUUUUCUGGCAUAGGAGCCCACGUGCAUUUUCAUACUUUUAUUUGAUAAAAUUCCUGUCUUACAUUCUGUAUAUUAAAAAAAUAAUAUUUCUGGU